AUGCCCAUGCCGCAGUACCAGAUGCCGCAGUACCAGGUGUCGCAACCUCACACCUUGCCGCCACUGCAGCCUCACCACAGCCAGUCUCCGAAUCCCUACAUGGGUCAACCAUAUCGUCCCGAUAUGUCUCGUUUCCCUGCGACCUCGGCCCAUGAUGUCUAUGCCACCUCUGCUGGCCCAAUUGGUCCUCACAACCCCGUGAACAGCCUGCCGCCAACCUCCUUCUUGGCGCAUCCCGGUGGCCAGCCUCAAGGACAGCCUCCUCAAGGCUACCAGUCGCCCCAGACGUUGCUUCCGCCGUCAUCUGGCGCUCAGACGUAUCCGCAGCCCAUUGCCCCUGCUCCGCCGCGUGACCGUCGCUCCGACUACGCGACAAUGCCUUCUGGUGCUUUCAGCCAUCCCGAAGGCAAGGGUCCCAUCUGGGCCAAUGCCGAUGGCAUGCCAACAAACGGGCUGGCGCCGAUCCCCGGGAAAGAGCCUCCGCGCACUCAAGUUGUCGGAUCUCAGGGACGCCGCGGUAUCUUGCCCAGUGUUCCCGGCCGUGCUGCCGUGAGCAACGGCGUCAAUGGCACUGCGAAGAGCACCACAAUCCCGGCCAAGGAUGCCGACGGAAAGUUCCCUUGCCCGCACUGCAACAAAACUUAUCUACACGCGAAGCAUCUGAAGCGCCACCUGUUGAGACACACCGGAGAUCGUCCUUACAUGUGUGUUCUCUGCAAGGACACUUUCUCGCGAAGUGAUAUCUUGAAGCGCCAUUUCCAGAAAUGUUCGUUACGCCGAGGUAACCCCACCGGGGCGAGCCAUCUCUCGCAUCCUCAGGCGCACCUGAAGCGGUCUCAAGCAGCAGCCAAUGCCGCCAAGUCCGUUCAGGAAGAAGUCAGUAACUCCAUCCCGCCUUCCAAUGGCCUUGUGGGUACGACUUAUGGCAAUGCACCCGUGAAUGGCCAUGGCCAUGGACUGGCUUCGGCCGGUCGACCUGGUCCCACGGAGCAGCAGCCUCUGGGAUUUUCAAUGUCCUCUGUCAACGGGUUGAACAAUGGCCACUUGGGCGACGCGUUCAGCCCUUCCCAGGCAGCAGACCAGAGAGCGUCCUGGAUGGCUGCUCACAGGCAGAGCCCGUACCUCGUCCAGCCUGCUUCUGAUGGACAGGUGAAUAAUAUUGACCGUAAUUUGCUUGAACAGGCUAAACCUCCGAUGAUCCAAGACCCGAAACGCCCGAUGAUGCCACACCAGCCCGGCCAGCCAGGUGAGCUGGACUGGGCCACCAUGUUCCCUCCCGGCGCGCCUGAAGGUUACAUGAACCCCGUCUUUCCUCAGACCAUGGCUCCCGGCCACGAAUCCAUCCACAGCCACGUUGAUCCGGACCGUAAAUACUACCCGGCGACUACUGCAGGACACCAAGAUGGUACAUUAAACGGGCUUUAUCUUGCUUCGACAAGCAUGAGUGGUGACGGUAUGCGUGAUCCCAGCGGUGUUCCGAGUGUUGCAAAGACAAACCCACAGGAGCCUAUUACCACCUGA